AUGGGGGGUUGUGUGUCGACUAGUAGUAAGAGUACAUGCAGUAGCUGGAGCAAUGGAGAGAAGCCUGUGCGUCGACCAUAUCGUGGGAUCGGUUGUUGUUUGAGCAAAAGGGCCAAGAGGACGUUUUCAGACCAUAUUGUCUUAUUGCAGAACUUGAACUCAAUACCAAAUCGGAUUAUCACCAGCAGCAAGAGCAGGAGCUCCUGCAUUUUCACUCAACAAGGACGCAAGGGUAUUAAUCAAGACGCCAUGAUCGUGUGGGAAGAUUUUAUGUCUGAAGAUGUGACCUUUUGCGGUGUAUUUGAUGGACAUGGUCCUUAUGGUCAUCUUGUUGCUCGUAAAGUGAGAGAGACAUUGCCUGUGAAGUUACAGUCUUUCUUUCAAACGAUUCAGUCGAAGCAAAACGGUUCUAAAGGGACUCGAUUCAGAAGAAACUCGAGCAAAUCAGCUGUUCAAGAAGCUGUUAAAGAAGGAUCUGAUGAGGAUAAACUAAAAGGCUUGUGGGGAGAAGCUUUCUUGAAAUCGUUUAAAGCCAUGGACAAGGAACUGCGGUCUCAUCCUAAUGUGGACUGUUUCUGUAGUGGCAGCACUGCUGUUACAAUUCUCAAACAGGGGUCUAAUCUCUUUAUGGGAAACAUUGGGGAUUCUCGAGCCAUCCUUGCAUCGAAAGACAGUAAUGAUUCUAUCGUGGCAACUCAACUAACCGUUGAUCUGAAGCCGGAUUUACCAAGGGAAGCUGAGAGGAUCAAACGGUGUAAAGGUCGAGUCUUUGCGCUGCAAGACGAGCCAGAGGUGCCACGAGUCUGGCUACCUUUUGAUGAUGCUCCUGGAUUGGCCAUGGCCAGGGCGUUUGGUGAUUUCUGUCUAAAAGAUUAUGGAGUCAUUUCGAUACCCGAGUUCACUCACCGUGUUCUUACAGACAAAGAUCAAUUCAUUGUUCUUGCCUCGGACGGAGUUUGGGAUGUGUUAAGCAACGAAGAAGUGGUUGACAUUGUAGCUUCAGCUUCAAGCCGAGCAUCAGCAGCUAGGAUCCUGGUGAACUCGGCUGCCCGCGAAUGGAAACUGAAGUACCCGACUUCGAAAAUGGAUGACUGUGCAGUGGUGUGUCUGUUUCUCGAUGGGAAGAUGGAUUCUGAGUCGGAUUACGAUGAACAGGGCUUUUCGUCAGCCACAAAUGCAGUAGAAUCAGAUGAUGGACAAAGAUCAGAUCCAUCUCUCCAAAGAAACUUCACAGUUAGAUCAUCAUCAGAUCAAGAAAAUGAUACUUACGGUACUGUGAAUACAGAGACUGAUGCAGAGGAUGAGAAAACGGUAAGUGAUCAAAACUGGUUGGGGCUAGAAGGCGUCACACGCGUGAACUCACUCGUUCAGCUUCCGAGAUUCUCUGAAGAGAAGUCGAAGACUCGAGAUUAG